AGAGCUGAGUGUGGAGUGUAAAGGAGGAGAAAGAAGUCUGUGUGUGAACUGGACUCCGAGGUGACCUCACAGCGUCCAGGUGGAACUGCAGACCAACACCAACACACACACACACACACACACGCACACACACACGCACACACACACACACACACACACACGCACACACACACAUACACACACAUACAACAUACACACACAGCUCGUCUCCACUCUGCCCCUCAUCAUGUCACGGUUCAGCACCCUGUCAGCCCAGGAGAGAAAGAGGCAAGCGGCCGCCAUAUGCAGUGAAAUCCACGGCACGAGCAACGCCACGUUAUUCCUCAUACGUUCAGGUGAUACGAUGGACCUGGGGAAGAAGCUCUCCGUCCCUAAAGACAUCAUGCUGGAGGAGCUCUCUCUGCUCUCCAACCGCGGCUCGCGCCUCUUCAAGAUGCGGCAGCGCAGAUCCGAGAAGUACACCUUCGAGAGCAUUCAGAACGAAGCCAACACCAUCUUAAAUAGUGAAGAUCAGACGAACGCUGAAAGUGCAGAGAACAAAACUCCAGACACACCAGAUGCCAGGAACCCGUCUAACCCCCAGGAGAUCGCCCCGGGUUACGGAGGUCCGCUGCAGGACGUUCCACCCGAGAGGUUUAACGCUACGUCUCUGCCCAAAUCCUACCACUCCCCCUGGGAGGAGGCCAUCAUCAACGACCCGGCGCUGGCCGACACGCUGAAGCUCCACAUGCCUGCUCUGGAACCCAGAGCCGAGAUUGCUGACUUCAAGAGCUUCAACAGGGUGGCCACGCCGUACGGAGGCUUUGAGAGAGCUCCUCGAGGAAUCACCUUCAAGAUCCCUGAGAUCGACCUGACCCCGCCCAGGUACCCCGAGCUCCAGGACCCCGCGGCCAAGCGGCCCACCUUCAACCGCACGGCUCAGGGCUGGAUCUCCGACGGCGCGCCCCUCAUCUUCCCCACAAUCCCCGUGGAGCCGGUGGAGGUGGAGAUCCCCGAGUCCGACGACCUGUAGACACGUGAGACGUCCACCGACACCGCGCGCGUCCGGAGAGCCGCGAGACACCUGCAGUCAGGGCUGAGGCCUGAAACACUGACCUACACAUCACACACCUGUCCCGAGACUGCAGCGGCUUCCACACCGCGGUGAAACCACACACACACACACACACACACACACACACACACACACACACACACUCAGACACCAUGAAAACAUACAUACACACAAUAACAUAAAUAAAAACCUACAUUACAAUAGUAACUAUAAUGGAUGUUAAUGUGUUCAGUAAUUUAUGUGAUUCUUAUUAAUAAGAACAGAAUGUGUAGAUGUGUUUGGUUAAAGUAUGACAUCACUGUUUAAUAAAUAAUAAAGACUUCUCAGUACGGAGUGUUAAUACUCAGAUCUGAACAAGUGAUCAUGUUAAUCUGAUUAAAUUUCAGACAUUUCAGAAAAAUCACAUGACCGUCACAUGAAAAGGUUUAUUAUACUUUAUGAAAUAUGUUGAAGCAUCGGACAAUAACACUGAAUAAUAAGUCAAGAAUGGAAUAUAAAUCAGUAGAACAGAGAGAGAGAGAGAGAGAGAGAGAGAGAGAGAGAAGUGUAAAUACAAGAUGCUGACUUUCUGAAACUGGUUUAUUGUAAAUUUGAUGUACGUCCUGACUGAAGUGCUUUGUGUGUGUGUGUGUGUGUGUGUGUGUGUGUGUGUGUGUGUGUGUGUUGUGGUUUGAAUUCAUUUUAACCCUGUAGUGUAAACUCCAUAAUAAAGUGUAUCUUCCUCUGA